CAGCCGUGCUCCAGAUUUGUUUAUCGAGCCCUGGUUUUGGGAGAUACAGUUAUAAUAGUAACAGUUAUUAGAAACUAUAGCCAUAAAACCAGCUUAUCUGCAUGCAGGGCAGCCUCCACAACAGGAAGCAAGAAGGAAAAGGACCAGUGGACAACCUUCGUGGUUCACAAUAACUGUGAGGAUCUGAAGCAGCAGCAGCAUGCUGAGACUGAGAAAGGUUUUAAGUUGAAAGCUAAGUGUCUGGAUGUCUGCAGCAGGGGAAGCUGGUGACCUGGCGUGCAGCUUGGCCCAGGAGCAGGACUUCCAGCCGGUCCUGAACAUCUGCAGCAGUGACGCCUUCGAUGGACUGGACUACAUGGCUGCUGCUUUCCACCGCUGGCUGCAGGAGCCUGGACGACUCGUCUUCAUCGCCCGGAUAAAGAACAGAGUCGUGGCGCUGGAGUCUGCACUGCUGGUUGAUGGCGGUCAGACGGUUGUAUUUCAGGGACUCAGGGUGGCACCUGAUUUGAGAGGCCGUGGCAUCGCCGGCGCCCUCCAGAAGCACGUGACUGACUACAUCCGCUGCCACUACCCACAAGUCUCUGCUGUCAGGCUGAGCCGAGGAGACAAGCCUUCACCACAGACUUUGGACAAGUACCGACUCGUAGCCAAGGAGGCCAUUUUGUCUCUGUGCUGCGAGGCUGCCGACCUUAGCCUCUUUGUCGCUGAGCUUCGCUCCAGAAUCUCGCCGUCCCAACACGACCCAGCAGUGACCCUUACCCAGCAGCAGGCGGAGACUCUCAUCCUGACUGACUACGUGGUUUCCAACCUGCUGCCCGGUAAAACCAUCAUCAAUGAUUGGGAGCCUCUAAAGCCCUUGGAGGCCAACCUGGAGGUGCUGCGCCGCAGGGGGCUGAUGUGGAUUGUAGACCGUGCGUUUGAGCCCACAGUCAUGAGCCUGUGCACCCCGCCCUAUGCUGUCCCCUACCGCCACGACGCACUGCACUUCAACAUCAAUAUCUUCGGCCGCAGUUUGGCUUCAGUGUGCGCGGUGUUUCUGGCUCAGCUCGAAGCUUUGCUGCCGAGUCUCCAGGGAUACCUGAUCUUCUACACCUAUGUUGACCCGGCAGUUUGGCCGGGGUUACGCCAGAUCUGCCAAAACAACAGCAACGUUUUGUUCUUUAAAGACUACUGGGAGGAGCUCGUACUGGAGAAAGACCUCUGAAAGGCCUCAGCAUCACUCACUACGUUUACAUGCAGCCAAUAACCCGUUCAAAACUGGAAUAAUAGCAAUAACCCGGUAGGACACGGGCCAUGUAAACACCGGCAAAAACCAGAAUAUGCUCAUAUUCUGGUUUUUAAAAACCUGAAUAUGCUACCUGGGUUACCUCUUUUCUAACCCAAAAUUUUGGUCAUGUAAACGGGUAUCGGCAU